AGGCCAAGCCAGCUGUAACUUCAUUAAUCCACAGAAAGUGCAGCCUGAAGCAUUGCUGGAGGGAGAAGGUAGAACGAUUUGGGAAGAAAUGGAGACGUUUGUCUUUUUAUUUUCAUUUUCUGCACUGGGCAUUCUUUAUGCCAUGAACACGAUUCCAGAAUUUCAAGAGCCAUAUGUGGUCCUGGGGAUCGGUGCUGCUGUGCUGGUCAUUGUUUUUCUCUUCUACUUCCUCAUCACACGUGUCAACCCACCCAAAGAUGCCUUAUUCUUUGUUUUUGCUGAAUUCUCAUUCACUUGUGUCAUUGACCUGACGAGUGCCUUGGAACAUGACGGCAUUCUCUCUGGGUUUAUGAGGUUCUACCAGCAGACAGGAGAACCCUAUCUGGGAACAGCCUAUGGCAUCAUGAUGUGCUACUGGGACGGGAUAGUGCACUUUAUCAUGUACCUGGUGAUGAUCAGCAGGAUAACAGACAGGAAAGCAUACCGUAACGUCGGCCUGCUCUGGGCUGGCUCUUUGUGCGCCAACAUGAGCGUGUUCCUUGUCGGGAUUGUGACAGGUAAAUAUGGGUCAGAGAUCCGUCCAGUUUUCUGGCUCAACUUCCUCUUCCUGUUGAUGCCUGUGUACGGAGCUGUCACGCUGUUCACCAGGCCCAAGGACAAACCACUCAUCGGUGGAUACAAUGCUCAGCAUGCUCAGAGCAUGAAACUGAUCUGGCGCCCUCUGGACCUGAUCCUGGUGCUGCUUCUCCUGGUUGCAAUGGCCUUCACUAUCCUCAGGGGUUUGGUGGUUCUGGACUCUCCACUCGAGGCCUGUUCUGUCUACCUGACAGAUUAUGAACCCUACCUGAAGGAUCCUGUGGGCUUCCCAAAGGUCAUGAUGCUGCACUUGUUCUUCUAUGGACUACCCUUGUUGGGUGCAUUUACCUACGGUCUCCUCAAGCCUGGCUGCACAUGGAUGACAGACUGGACGGUGUUCUUCGCUGGAGCCAUGACUCAGUGCCAGUGGGCUCAUAUCGGCGGGUCCCUGCAUCCUCGUACCACAGCUCCAUUUCAUAUACCAAAUGAUGUUUUCUGGUGUGUUCUGACAGCUAAUCUGCUCUACACUGCCACUCCCAUCCUGGUGGCCCUGCGGGUUCAUAGUAAUCCCUAUUUCUUCCUUAAGAUCAAUCAGUUUCCUGGGCAAACGGGUUUACCAAACAGUGAGGAGAAAGAUACCAAGUACAAAGACAAAUUUAAAAAAAUGUAAUCUUCACUGACCUUUGGAGUUAAUUGGUAAUUAAUGGAGAGCUGUUUUAUUACCGUGUUUCAAAAUGCCAAAAUGUAACGCUGUCUUGCUCGACAUCUUUGGAUUUAAUUGUUAUGUAUGUGUUUGUCUUUCUUAAUGUCAUGCACCGAAACAGCUGACUGGUCAAUAAACAUGGUUUGCAGCACAA